AUGUUGCACGGCGCCGGCUCGGCCGACGCCGCAAUCCCCCCGGUCGUGCCACGUCUCGCAUGGCGGCAGGAGCGGAGGCGCCGGAGUGCGGCGGGGAAAGACAGGCAGCAGGAGCCACUAGUGGGGGGUCAGCGUGACCCGCAGGUGGGCGGGCAGCAGGGGGCCCAGGAGAGGAGCCGGCAGCCGCCGGAGCUGCAGAGCGGAGGGCAGCAGGUGCUGCAGAGCGGAGGGCAGCAGGAGCUGCAGAGCGGAGGGCAACAGCAGCUGCCGAGCGGAGGGCAGCAGCAGCUGCAGAGCGGAGGGCAGCAGGAGCUGCCGAGCGGAGGGCAGCGGCAGCUGCCGAGGGGAGGGCAGCGGCAGCUGCAGAGCGGAGGGCAGCAGGAGCUGCAGAGCGAAGGGCAGCAGGAGCUGCAGAGCGGAGGGCAGCAGCAGCUGCAGAGCGGAGGGCAGCAGCAGCUGCAGAGCGGAGGGCAGCAGCAGCUGCCGAGCGGAGGGCAGCGGGAGCUGCAGAGCGGAGGGCAGCAGCAGCUGCGGAGCGGAGGGCAGCAAGAGCCGAGCGGAGGGCAGCAGGAGCUGCCGAGCGGAGGGCAGCGGCAGCUGCCGAGUGGAGGGCAGCGGCAGCUGCAGAGCGGAGGGCAGCAGGAGCUGCAGAGCGAAGGGCAGCAGGAGCUGCAGAGCGGAGGGCAGCAGCAGCUGCAGAGCGGAGGGCAGCAGCAGCUGCAGAGCGGAGGGCAGCAGCAGCUGCCGAGCGGAGGGCAGCGGGAGCUGCAGAGCGGAGGGCAGCAGCAGCUGCAGAGCGGAGGGCAGCAAGAGCCGGGGCAUAGGGCGGCAAUCAGGGAGCGGUUGGAGAAGUUUUGGGUCGGGGAGUGGCGGGAGCUGUUUGAGUUGGCGGUGGCGGUAAUGCAACCUGCGGCGCGUCCUUUGUCCUUCACCCCCCCCGAGCAUGAUCCUGAUGCGCAUCGCUCAGCCCUCUCAGCACAUGGUGGACGCGCUGCGAGCGAAACACCCAUCGAGCGAGACCGCCAUUCCGGAGUGGUUGCAGGAGGAGAUAGUUGA